AGCGUGCGCCGGCAGUGAAUUGCUGUCUCACAGGGCCGCUGCUCCGCGCCUGUUGCCUCCAUCCACAGACUGUCGGUGAGCGGGCUCCGCGAUGGAGUACCUGGUCGGUAUUCAGGGCAGGGACUUUGUGCUGGUGGCGUCUGACACUGUGGCUGCCAGCAGCAUCAUCGCCAUGAAGCACGAUUAUGAUAAAAUGUUUAAACUAAGUGAGAAGAUCGUAUUGUUGUGUGUUGGAGAAGCUGGAGACACUGUCCAAUUUGCAGAAUACAUUCAGAAAAAUGUACAGCUUUACAAAAUGAGAAAUGGUUAUGAACUGUCUCCUACAGCAGCUGCUAACUUUACUCGUAAAAACUUAGCAGAGUACCUCCGAAGCCGGACGCCCUACCAUGUGAACAUGCUUCUAGCUGGUUGUGAUGAACAUGAGGGACCUGCACUUUACUAUUUGGACUACCUGGCAGCUUUGGCUAAAGCACCUUUUGCUGCCCAUGGAUAUGGAGCUUUCCUGACACUCAGUAUCUUAGACCGAUACUACAAACCAGAUCUCACGCGCGAAGAGGCAGUGGAGCUCUUGAAGAAAUGCUUGCAAGAGAUCCAGAAACGAUUUAUUCUGAACCUUCCCUCCUUCACUGUUCGGAUCAUUGAUAAGGAUGGUGUUCAUGAUAUGGCACAGAUUUCUGUGUCACAGAUAUAAUUUUACUUAAUUUUUUCUUGGCCUUUUUUUACUUGUAGAAAUGUAUUAUGUAUACGAGCCAAUAAAGCCUGAGGUUCACUAA